AGUUUACAUGUUUCAUGUUCUGUAGAUGCAUCGCGUCGAGUUCUAUGAGUUACUUUUCUCUUCAUAGUUGGUAACUAUAUCUGCGUGCGCAGGACAUGUACAACAAAUUUCUCCAUGCUUCUGAAAUCUUGGCAUUGUAGUUUUAUUUGCGUUAUAUGUUUAUUAAAGUUGGUAAAUUUCUUUUUAUAUUUGAGUAAAUAUAUAAACUAUUAAAAAAUGUUAGUUUUAUUUGAAACUGCUGCGGGCUACGCUUUAUUCAAGCUUUUAAAUGAAAAGAAACUUAAAGAGACAGAUAAUUUAUAUCGAGACUUCGAGACACCCGAAUCUGCAGGAAAAAUUAUUAAACUUAAACAUUUCGAAAAAUUUGCGGAUACUACAGAAGCUCUAGCUGCUACAACAGCUGCAGUUGAAGGAAAAGUUUCAAAAAGUCUGAAGAAACUUCUAAAGAAGCACCUGGACAAAGAUUUACAAGAACAACUUUUAGUAUCUGAUGCUAAGUUAGGAUCUGCAAUUAAAGAAAAAUUUAGUUUACAAUGUCUCUCCAAUACAGCAGUACAAGAAUUAAUGCGAUGUAUUCGUUCACAAUUGGACAGUUUGAUAUCAGGAUUGCCAAAAAAAGAAAUGACUGCUAUGUCUUUAGGUUUAGCCCAUUCAUUGUCUAGGUACAAAUUGAAGUUUUCACCAGAUAAGGUUGAUACAAUGAUUGUUCAAGCAGUUUCUUUAUUAGAUGAUUUAGAUAAAGAAUUGAAUAAUUAUAUAAUGAGAUGUAGAGAAUGGUAUGGAUGGCACUUUCCUGAACUUGGAAAGAUAAUCACAGAUAAUAUUGCAUUUGCUAAGACAGUAAAGGUUAUUGGUACCAGAGAAAAUACAGCCACUUCAGAUUUAUCUGAUGUUUUACCUGAAGAAGUUGAGGAAAAGGUAAAAGAAGCUGCUGAAAUUUCUAUGGGUACUGAGAUUUCAGAAGAGGACAUCAUAAAUAUUCAACAUUUGUGUGAUCAAGUUAUAGAUAUAACAAAUUACAGGACUCAACUAUAUGACUAUCUAAAAGCUAGAAUGAUGGCUAUGGCUCCAAAUCUUACUGUUCUUGUAGGAGAAUUAGUUGGGGCUAGGCUUAUAUCCCAUGCAGGAUCUUUGAUUAACUUAGCAAAACAUCCCGCUUCUACAGUUCAAAUACUUGGAGCUGAGAAAGCAUUAUUCCGUGCAUUAAAGACUAAAAAAGAUACACCUAAGUACGGUUUGAUAUAUCAUUCUCAAUUGGUGGGACAGUCCAGUACCAAGAAUAAGGGUAAGAUGUCUCGGAUGCUCGCUGCUAAAGCUUCUUUAGCUACACGUGUAGAUGCUCUUGGUGAAGAUGGCUCAUUCACUCUUGGUGCUGAGCAUAAAGUAAAAUUAGAAGCUAGAUUGAGGGUUCUUGAAGAGGGAAAUAUCAAAAGAAUUAGUGGUACUGGUAAAGCUAAAGCAAAAUUUGAGAAAUACCAUGGAAUUAGCGAAAUAAAACAGUAUCCAGAUGCAGCAGAUUCAACGUUACCUUCAAUUGGUAAAAGGAAAAGGUCUGAAUCAGAAGGAGUAAAGGAAGAAAGUUCACAAGAGAAUUCUACUACUCCUGGAUCCUCGAAGAAAAAGAAGAUUAAAAUUGCAGUUGAACAAGAAACAGUUAAUAUUCAAGAAAGUGAACAAUCGUUGCCCAAAAAGAAAAAGAAGAAGCAUGAAAAAUUAGAUGAGAGUGUUAAGGAAGAAAUUGAAGAAGAGACAAUAAAUGAAGCGACACCUAGUAAGAAAAAGAAGAAAAAAGUUAAACAGGAAAUAGAAGAACCUCAAGUAGAGGCAGAGGAACAGACAUCCGAAAAAAAGAAAAAAAAGAAGAAGCAGAAACAAAGUGAGAGUGAAUAAAAUUGAUAUUUUUAUAAUGUAUAUAAAAAGUGGAAGGAUCACGCUGGUAGAGUGUUUAUCAUUAAGUGUUGUUAUUAUUUGACUUUGUUGGAUUUUUUUUAUAAAAUCGAUAAAUAUAUUUGAGAUAUUAUGAUUAACUUUGUAAUAAUCGGCUAUUUUAUAUAAUAUAGAUCAUGUAUGAAGACGUUUCAAUGAACACAUUAAAUAACUAAUAUCAAAGGACUAAAUCCUUGGUCGCAUAAUUAGUGAAUUUUACCAACUUCCAACAUUCAAUUCUUUUAUAAAAUAAUUUUUACUGUAGUUAUUUUACUUAAUUUCAAUUGUAUCUAGUGUUAAGAUAGAUAUAAUAUAGUUUUAGCA